AUGCCCAUUAAUUGUCUUAAUGGUCAAAUACCCGAAUCCAUCUUCAAUCUCUCCAUGUUACAAAUACUUGCUUUUGAUGUCAAUAAUAUAUCCGGCAAUCUUCCAUCGUCAAUUGCCAAUGGGCUCCCUGAUCUCGAAGAACUCUAUCUUGGUGGCAAUCGAUUGAGUGGAGAAAUUCCUGCCUCAGUUUCAAAUUUUUCUAAGCUUACCAUCUUCAGUCUUAGUGAGAACUCCUUCAGUGGACGAGUACCCACGAAUCUUGGGAAUUUACAGAACCUACAGAGCCUAGAAUUUCAACUUAAUGAGUUGACAAAUGAUCCUUCAAUGCCCGAAUUGGAUUUUCUUAUUUCAUUAAAAAAUUGUAGGAAUUUGAAGGCCAUACGAAUUGGAUUGAAUUCUUUUCACGGAAUAUUACCGAAAUCCUUGGGUAAUUUGUCAACAUCUGUUGAAUCUUUCGUUGCCGAACAUUGUGGUAUUAAAGGUAUCAUUCCUAAUGAAAUUGGUAAUAUGAGCAACUUGAUGGAGUUACACAUUGGAGGAAAUGAAUUGAGAGGAACAAUCCCUGACACAUUGGGUCAAUUAAGAAAUUUGCAAAAGCUGAGACUUGAUUUCAAUAAACUAGGGGAGUCGGAAGCAUUCCAUAUGAAAUUAGAAACACAUUAG